CCGGCUCCGGCCGGCCUCUCCUCCGCCCGGCUCGGGCCGCACGUGGGGCCCGGCCCGGCCCGGCCCGGCCCUCCCUGUCCCCGCAGGCCGGGAGCCGGGCUCGCGCCGGCUCGGGCGGGCAGGCUGGCCGAGCCGAUGGCUGGCGGCUGGAUGCUGCUGGGCGGGGAUUUCCUGACCCCGCAGCCGCCGCCGCUGCCCCCGGUGCCGCCUCCGGAGCAGCCGCCGCCGCCCCCGGAGCCCGAGGCGGUGCCCGAGCCGGUGCUGGAGCAGUGGCGCCAGUACCAGGAGAGCGACUGGCACUGGGGGCUGCGCCGCCAGUUCAUCCUCCGCCACCUGGCCAGUUACCCGGGCGCCGCUAUCGACCAGCUGCUGUCGCUCUCCGUGCUCUGGACCAACCACGUCUUCAUGGGCUGCAGGUAUGGCUCGCAAGUUAUGGAGAAAGUCUUCAAGAUGGCUGAAGGUAUCGAUAUUGGGGAGAUGCCAUCAUUCGAGCUGGUACCUCCUGCUAAGCCACCAAAAAGACCCUACUCUCCACCUUGCUCUCCCUAUGCCAAUCCAGAGCCUCCCAAAAAAGUCCUCCCCAGGUUCCGCGUGAGACCUCGUUUUGAGCCUGUACACUUUGUAGCCAGUAGUGAAAAAGAUGAAAGAAAAGAAGAUCCUUCAGACAACCAAACACAGGACUCAAACAAGGAUGCAAACACAAACAGCACUGCCCAGUCAGUCGAAAACUAUGUGGAUUUUGUUUUUAACAGUUUCAAUACCCAGGAAGCAGAUCCCCAGUUCUCCAACUCGGUGGGUUUUGGUUAUGCAAGUAGCCAGACAACUGCCACCAGUGUGGUUUUGAACAGCAUGGACAGUACCCAGAGUGGUGCUCCACAACUUUCCACUUCCUCUUCAGUUCUCCAGUCAUCAUCAGAUACUUUCCCCCAGUCAGUUAUCACAGCAAAGCAGUAUUUUAUUGACAAACUCUCAGCAGCAAUCUGGAAGAAUCUUGCUAACCCAGAUGCUAACACUGGGACUGAUAAAAUUAACUAUACAUAUUUGUUGACUCGGUCAAUUCAGGCAUGUAAGACAAAUCCUGAAUAUAUUUAUGCUCCUCUAAAAGAAAUUGCCCCUGCCGACCUCCCAAAAAAUAAGAAGCUUCCAACAGAUGGCUUUGCUUGUGAAGUGAGAUGCCAAAAUGUCUACUUAACCACUGGUUAUGCUGGCAGCAAAAAUGGAUCCAGGGAUCGAGCCACAGAAUUAGCAGUCAAGCUGUUGCAAAAGUCUGUGGAAGUUAAAGUUGCUCAGCGGAAGUUCAAACAUACCUAUCGAGAGGACUUAGUAGUGUGUGAGUCUGGCACGUGCCCGCAGGAAUUGCCUCCUGCUCUCAAACAGCUUGAUGACUUUUUAGCUGCCAACAAAGAUUUUUCAUCUGGGCAGUCUGGUUCUGAUCCCUUGCAAGGUUCUAGUAGUUCAACCAAACACUGGACUAAUUUUGUCCUCACGGAAAAUGCUAGCGAUGCUAUAGGGAUACUUAACAACUCGGCUUCAUUUAACAAAAUGUCAGUUGAAUACAAAUAUGACUUAAUGUCAAACCGCUCAUGGCGCUGUAGAGUGUAUUUACAAGACCACUGCUUAGCCGAGGGAUACGGCAGUAAGAAAACGAGCAAACAUGCAGCUGCAGAUGAGGCUUUGAAAAUUCUUCAAAAGAUGCAGUCCAAUGUGGCACCCAUCAAAACAACCCAGGUCCAGAAAGUGGGCUGUUCAUCCCGGAUUUCUGGCAAAAAGAAAGACCUGAAGGAUCUUGUUAUCUAUGAGAACUCUGAGAAUCCCGUGUGCACACUGAACGACACUGCUCAGUUCAACAAGAUGACAGUGGAGUAUGUCUUCGAAAGGAUGACAGGAAUGCGGUGGAAGUGCAAGGUGAUGCUAGAAAAUGAGUUCAUUGCUGAAGCAGUUGGGGUUAAGAAAUCUGUGAAGCACGAGGCGGCGGAGGAAGCUGUGAAAAUCCUCAAAAAGACACAGCCGACUGUCGUCAAUAACCUGAAGAAGGGCACCGUCGAAGACGUCAUCUCAAGAAAUGAGAUUCGGGGCCGCUCAGCGGAAGAGGCUUUCAAACAGAAGAUAAAAGAAGACAACAUAGGGAAUCAGAUUUUAAGAAAAAUGGGCUGGACAGGUGGUGGGCUAGGGAAAGAUGGCGAAGGGAUACGAGAGCCUAUUGCAGUGAAGGAGCAAUUUAAAAGGGAAGGACUCGGGCUUGAUGUGGAAAGGGUGAACAAAAUUGCUAAAAGAGAUAUUGAGCAGAUCAUUCGAAAUUAUGCGCGCUCAGAUAGUCAUGUUGACUUGACUUUUUCUACAGAACUUACCAAUGACGAGCGGAAGCAGAUACAUCAAAUUGCCCAAAAAUAUGGUCUUAAAAGUAAAUCCCAUGGCCAGGGCCAUGAUAGAUUCUUGGUGGUAAGCAGAAAGAGACGUAAGGAAGACUUAUUAGACCAACUGAAGCAAGAAGGCCAUGUUGGACAUUAUGAACUUAUUAUGCCUCAAGCUAACUGAGCUUCAUGGUGUCCAGUUUCAUUGGUGAAUGCAUAAAGAGAUGGAGUUUCCUAGAUCCCUAAUUAAAGAAACAGAUGCUGCA